UUGUAGCGUUUUAAAAACGUUAGGAAAAGUUUCACAGCGCACACCGUUCAUGACUUCUGACUUUCCGACCACCCACCCUUCCGUCCAUCGCCAGCCUAUAUUGCUCGCUUGCAUCGCUUAUAGAUAGAAGACAUGGAAGAAAUAUUUUUUUAAACUUAAAAAUCUUAUCUCUUUCUCUUCUCCAUCUCAGGGAAGUGAGGAACUUUUGAGUGUCCACAUUAUUUAUUUCCUUGUCAGUACUAGCGAGUUCUGUAGAUCAUUUUAUAAAGAAGUCUCCUCCACUCUCCAAUCUCCAAUCUCCAAUCUCCACUGAUCCAUUCCAUCAAACACAAGCACAGUAGAGAGACUAGAGAAAAGAUCUCAAAUGGCGUUUUCUUGUUUCUCAUCCCAAAAUACAUUUCCCCUGCAAUUACAGUUGAAUGGUCAGAUGGGUUCGCCGUCAACUCUUCUGCAGCUUCAUGCACCGGUCAAAAGAGCUAUCCCCAACCUACGCUUCUCCGUCCGUCCGAUCUCUGCUUCUAUCUCCGACAGACCACCUGCAUCGGUAGCUCCUCUUCCUUCUACUUCGUCGUCAACGGCAGCAUCCCCUGAUCUUCCGGUUCUUAAAAUCCCUGGAGACUACGGUCUGCCAUUCAUCGGCGCCAUCAAAGAUCGAUGGGACUACUUUUACAACCAAGGCGCCAACGACUUCUUCAAGUCUCGUGUCCUGAAAUACCAGUCAACAGUGUUCCGUUCCAACAUGCCACCUGGCCCCUUCAUCGCCUCCAAUCCUGAAGUCAUCGUCCUCCUCGAUGGUAAGAGCUUCCCUGUCCUCUUCGAUGUCUCUAAGGUUGAGAAGAAAGAUGUAUUCAGCGGCACCUACAUGCCCUCCACUGAACUUACUGGCGGUUACCGUACCCUCUCUUACCUUGACCCUUCCGAGCCCAAUCACGCCAAGCUCAAGAAGCUCCUCUUCUUCCUCCUCCAGUCCUGCCGCGACAAGGUCAUCCCCGAGUUCCAUUCCACCUUCACUCAACUCUUCGAGACCCUCGAGAGUGAGCUCGCCGCCAAGGGUAAAGCCGAAUUCGGUACCCCAAACGAUCAAGCCUCGUUCAAUUUCCUAGCUCGUGCCUUCUACGGCGUGAAUCCGGUCGACACUAAACUCGGCAAGGACGGCCCGACUCUGAUCGGGAAAUGGGUCCUGCUCCAGCUAGUCCCUCUUCUCAAACUGGGAUUGCCCCCCCUUCUGGAAGAUCUUCUCCUUCACACCUUCCGUCUCCCUCCAUUCCUUGUCAAGUCUGACUACAAGAGGCUCUAUGACUUCUUCUACGAGGCAUCUGCUCCGAUCCUGGACGAAGGGGAGAAGAUGGGAAUCCAGAGAGAGGAAGCCUGCCAUAACCUCCUUUUCAGCACGUGCUUCAAUUCCUUCGGAGGGAUGAAGAUCUUGUUCCCCAGCAUACUGAAGCUAAUCGGCCGCGCAGGUGUGAAGGUCCAUAAACGCUUGGCGGAGGAGAUCCGAUCGGCCGUCAAAUCCAAUGGUGGGAAAGUGACGAUGAUGGCUAUGGAGCAGAUGCCGCUGACGAAGUCGGUGGUGUACGAAACUUUCCGGCUUGAACCUCCGGUUGCGUUGCAGUACGGGAAAGCGAAGAAAGAUUUUGAGAUCGAGAGCCACGACGCGACGUUCAAGGUCAAGGAGGGGGAGAUGCUGUUUGGGUACCAACCAUUCGCGACUAAAGACACAAAGAUAUUCGACAAAGGGGAAGAGUUUGUAGCGGAUAGGUUUAUGGGAGAAGGGGAGAAGCUAUUGAAGCACGUUCUCUGGUCUAACGGACCUGAGACGGAGAACCCAACACUGGAGAACAAGCAGUGCGCCGGUAAGAACUUCGUGGUGUUGAUGGCGCGGCUGCUAGUGGUGGAGCUCUUCAUGCGUUACGACUCUUUCGAGAUUGAAGUUGGGACUUCGGUUUUGGGUUCCUCUGUUACAGUAACUUCGGUUAAGAAAGCCAGUUUCUGAUGAACAAAGAAGCACCACCGCCGCCGCUUCGCCGGCGAUCUUCCUCUUUCCUUCUUUUUUAUUAUUAUUAUAUUUUUUUUAAUUUAAUAUUUCUUCUUGGGAGUGGGGACUUGGGGCAGUGGCAACUGUCAAGUAUCUCAGAAACAGUAGAGAGGGGUAUUUUGGGGAGUGGGGACCCUUGAUUCCAUGUCUCCACCGUUAGAAGUUAACAGAGAAUGGGAUGAGGGGUGGGGUGUUCUUCGGAAAAUAAUUUCUGUUUUUUCAUCCCUGUUUUUCCUUGUUUUGCUACCUGCAGAACGUAAUACGUGGACAACUUUAAGACCAACGCACCGGAUGUAAUAAUCCUCACCCAAUCUUGACCGUUGAUCUCCUUGUUGUCCACGUGUCACGUUUUACAGGUAGCAAAACAAGGAAAAACAUAGAUGAGAAAAACAGAGGAUUUUGAUCCGUGUUCUUCGUUGGAGUGCCCAACCAAGAACAGCAACAUCACGCAGAAUCUGUUAUUGUUCUUGCAAUCUUGCCUUCUUGGGUCUUACUAGUACGAAUUGGGAAAGGACGGCGGGCCUCAACUGUUUAAUUUCUUCUUC